AUGGAUGAGGGGCCGCUCAAGGACCGGCUCGCCUCGUGCUCAGAAAAGGAGAUGAAGCGCAGCGAUUGGAGCAUCUCGCAUCGCGGAGGCGGAACUCUGCAGUUCCCGGAGCACACCUAUGACUCUAUCAUGGCCGGGACUCGCAUGGGCGCCGGCAUCCAGGAGUGCGACGUGACCUUCACCAAGGACAAGCAGCUCGUGUGCCGCCAUGCCCAGUGCGACCUGCACACCACAACCAAUGUGGUCGCAAUCCCCGAGCUCAACGCCAAGUGCACCGUCCCAUUCCGGCCCGCAGCCAACGGCACCGCCGCCACUGCCAAGUGCUGCACGUCCGACUUCACCCUGGCCGAGAUCAAGACGCUCUGCGCCAAGAUGGACGCGUCCGACCCCACGGCCACCACCCCGGCCGCCUACCUCGGCGGCACCCCGGGCUACCGAACCGACCUCUACGCCAAAACCUGCGGCCGCGUGCUGACGCUCCGCGAGUUCAUCGACAUUGUCGACGACCUAGGGCUCAAGUUCACUCCUGAACUCAAAACCCCCGAAGUGCCGAUGCCGUUCGGCGGGCCAGGCAGCGACUACACGCAGGCCAAGUUCGCGCAGCAGAUGAUUGACGAGUUCAAGACGGCCGGGAUUAAACCUGAGCGGGUCUGGCCGCAGUCAUUCCUCUACGACGAUCUCCUGUACUGGCUCAAGGCGGAGCCAAAGUGGGCCAAGCAGGCUGUCUACCUGGACGAGACCGGCGACACGCCGGUGAGCAUGCCAACGGCGAUAGCCAACCUCGCGAAGUACGCCAAGGAUGGGGUCAAGAUUGUCGCGCCGCCUCUGCCGUAUCUUGUGGCGGUGGAGAAUGGCAAGAUUGUUCCCAGCGAGUAUGCGCGGACUGCGAAGAAGCUGGGGUUGAAGAUCAUUACUUGGAGUUUGGAGCGGAGUGGGUGGUUGGGGGAUGGGUCGCAUGGCGGUUAUUACUAUGCCAGCAUUGCGAAUGUUACCGAUAAUGAGGGGGAUGUUUACAAUCUGUUGCAUGUCCUGCACAAGGAUGUGGGAGUGUUGGGUGUCUUUUCAGAUUGGAGCGCCACGGUGACAUAUUACGCCAAUUGCUUCGGUCUGUUUUGA